GUUUCCUUCUGUUACAAGUUGAAGCUAGCCUAUAGGGGCUUAGCCGCAGGUAGAUGGACUCGGCGCUGUGUCAGAUGUUCACGACUGCUGCAUACUUCACAUCAUACUUCUUUGUGUUUCCUACCAAGUAGCAUCAUCAGCAAGAAAAUACGAAUGCCAGUACGGAGGGCUCAUAGGAAAUCAGUUCUGGGCUGCAGAACAUGCAAGAAGCGCCGUGUGAAGUGUGACCUAAACCGUCCAGAAUGUCUGAAUUGUACAAGGCUUGGCCGCGAAUGUGGCUUCCGAUUUUUGGAUCCAGCUCCUAGGUCGCUCGUCACUGUGAAGCAGGUAAACGUGGCACCACCACCACCACCACCACAAUUUAUGCCGGAUCCAUCGUUCUUGGACAGCUUUCUCGAGCCACUCCCCCCGGCUUUGCGCGCUAGGUUUACACAGUUGAUCAAGUACCAUGCUACGCAGACGAGCGGCACAAUUACCCACAAUGCCGCUGCUCAAUCAACUUGGUGCUCUCUUGUCCCCAGGCUGAGUUCGAACCACGAGUUUGUCUCACAUGGUAUCGUUGGGCUCUCAGCGCUCCAUCAAUCGCAUUAUGUCAGUUCUGAAACGGAGCGAAAAACACUGCAGGAUAUCGCCGCCGUACAGAUGAACACUGGACUGGCCUCAUAUAGGGAGUGCGUUGCUCACGUCACCCCGGAAAACGCAGCAGCACUCUACACAUUUUCCACUGCCACCACUGCUUUCGUUCUGGCCACUACAGUCGAAGGGUGUGUCCCGCUGCUACAUUCUGCACGCAACGAUUCUUUGUCUGUCGACGAGUAUAAUUCUACUAUUGAGAAGCUCGCAAAGGAAACAGCCAAAUUUAUGACCUGUUUUAGAGGUGUGAUGGUUAUCAUAGUCCCCUGCUGGCGUGUUAUGGUUCAAGGUCCAAUGCGUCCCUUGUUGGAUCGAGACUGGUGGCCUCGCCCUUUCCCGUCCUCUGCGCAGGCACUCGAAGAAGACGAAAAGCUCCACGACCUCGAGAAUCUUUGGAUGAGGCCUGGUCGCGAUUAUGAAUACUGGUUCGAUACACUGAUUCACGCACUGAAAGACAUGAGAGAUGCUUUUGCUCUUGUGUCCUUACUUACGGUGAGCGAUAAGCCGAACGACACUAUAAAAGGCAGUCGGUUGCUAGAUUGGAGCUCUGUCUUUGCCUGGAUCACGAAAACGCCACCAGGUUUCAUCAUGCUUGUUGAACAACGCAAUCCGGAAGCCUGGAUUAUACUGGCGCACUAUGCAAUACUGAUAUUCCGAGCUGGCGACCUGUGGUGGACCAAGGGAUUUGCGGAUCACCUCGUCUCAGCUGCGGCUCUCGUCAUAGGACCCAGUAUGCACAGUUGGAUCGAAUGGCCAGCUUCAAUCAUAGGAGUAGACUUGAGUAGCUAUGAACGGCGCUCUAAAUGA